ACCCUCACUCUCUCUCUCUCCUCACCCUUUUCCACCACCUCCACCACCCCUAAAUCUCUCGAUGGUGUUCGCAUCCCUCUUUCGUUGCAUGUACAUGUCUCGUUCAUAGGCAACACCACGCGAGCACGCGUUCGUUGUUUGCAUCAUAGGGUAAUAUUUACGAAUCGAAUGAAACGCGGUAUGAAUAGUGAAAAUUGUUCUUACCGCGGUGCGGGAUGAAGUGGGAAACGUGAAUGAUAGAAGCAGUGAUCUUGUCGAGGUAAUAGCCGGAUUCGUUGAUCGAUGGUGUUGACGGUAAAUUAAUCUGUGACAGGCGAAUUGACGAGAUGAGAAAUUUAAAACUGAAUCCGAUUCCUCGAGUUCGUUUUCCCUUCAUGUUACCCGCGGCAGGGCAGCGAUGAACAAUUUUUCGAUCCGACAAUCGAGGCUUUGGAAGAGGCUUGAAAUUAUUUCUGGUAUAACAACGAAAUGGAAUAAAAAUGAACAACCGUAAUAUCACGAUUACAAUAAAAAUUACAGCGUCGAGUGAUUUUCCACGUACUACGGCAUGUUACUCCAGUGUAGACGGCAUUGAACGAACGUUGUGGUGAAUAGAAACGGACGUCGAGAAGUGAGAUUUUUUCCAGUUUUUAUUUCUAUUGCGACACAUGCUCCGAACGAUUGUUGGGUAAAACAAACGUGAAAAAAUAGCGAGUAGCAGUCUCGGGACCGUGGAAAAGGAAUAGGAGUACUUGACGUUGUUCUGUGAAAGCGAAGAGUGAACGACAGUUUCUUGAAUAAUGCAUCGUUAGUGAUUUUAUUUUUAGUUCGGUCUUUUAUUUAUUUAUUUUUUAUUACUCAUUAUACGUUUCAUCUACCUCCGGUAAAACAAUAACAGUGUAUAUGUUAUACGGUGGACAAUGGCUCGACAUUUGUGUUGGUUUUUUGUGAUUAUUGGGCACCUUGCCCUCGAAUUAUGCGCCCAGAAUCCUGUGGAGGAUAAAGUCACGUUCGAGGCAGCCUUUCAAGGUAGAUGCGGGCAUGGAUCGCCGUGCGAACAGCUUUGCUACGAGCUUCACGACGGGAUGUACGAGUGCGAUUGCAGAGACGGAUACAUCCUUCACAAAAACGGAUACAGCUGCGCAGAGCUGAACUCGACGUCACCCUCGAUGGGUGACCUGGGCGAGUUCAUCGAGGACGCGGAGAGUGACGAGCUGAGUCCUGACCCUGAGGACGAGGACGCGGUCGAGGACAUCCUGUACAUGAGGGGAGCGUCCUUCGUGAUCCACCUGGACCCAGGACCCGAGGUCGGCUCCUCGUCUCCCCCGAUUUCCCCGAACGAUUCGAGCCCAGAUGCCAGGGAAGAUACCAACGAGAUUCCAAAUCACAUUAUCGACCCUUCGCCAACAUCCCAGGGUCAGACGCUGGAACAAAAAUCGACGCCGACCACCGAGGCGGUGGUUAGCACAGACCCCGCCUGCACCCUGGAAUGCGGCCCGGGUGGAAAUUGCUACGUGGAGCCGCGCCGCGCCGAUGACGGAAGCCAGGUCAGUCAGGCGGGACUCGAGGCUACCGCAGCUGCAACCACGAGACUGACGGAGGCAUCCUUUGCUCAGAGAUGCCAAUGUCCGCUUGGGAGAGGCGGUGAUCGAUGUCAGGACGAAUCGGAGGUGAGGUCUCCUCGUUUCACCGGAUCCGGUUGGCUCGCAUUUCCGGCGCUGAGAGCGGCGUACAAACACGUUCAGCUGGAACUCGAGUUUCGCCCGGAAGCCUGGGACGGGGUUCUCCUGUUGGCCGGGGAGCGGGACGAUCUCCAGGGUGACUUUAUGGCCCUGAUACUCCAUCACGGCUUCGUGGAGUUUAGAUUCGACUGUGGGAGUGGCGUCGGAAUCGCUCGGACGUCGGAGACAGUGAAACUGAACGAGUGGAACACCCUGGCAGUUUACAGGCAUCGAUGGGAUGCCUGGAUUCAGCUUAACGGGGGAAGGCGAGUGCAGGGGAGAUCGAAGGGAUUAUUCUCCAGGAUCACCUUCAGGGAGCCCCUGUUUGUCGGCGGACCCGGAAACACAACAGGACUCGAAAGACUUCCGGUUACCGUCGGGUUCAGGGGAUGCGUACGACACUUGGAAGCCAACGAGCAUCAUUAUCGGUUUCCUCUCGCCCCUCUCGGGGAUGCCGCCAACGGAUUCGACGUCGAGGAAUGCACGGCCGACAGAUGCAGCAAGGUGCCCUGCUCCCACGGAGGGAAAUGUCUGACGACCGGAGGCGACACUGCCGUGUGUCUCUGCCCUCUCGGGUACACCGGUGACCUUUGCGAGACCAGAGUCGACCUCCAGGUGCCCUCGUUUAACGGAUCGUCCUAUCUGAGGUACCCGGGACUUGGCGAUUCUUCCCUAUCAUGGCUCGAGCUUGGCGUAACUCUGAAGCCGACCGCACCCGACGGAGUCAUCCUCUACAACGGGCAUCACAGCGACGCUACCGGGGAUUUCGUCGCGCUCUACUUGGCCGCGGGACACCUUCAGUUCACCUUUGACCUUGGAACGGGCCCCGCGACCCUCAGGAGUGAGAAUCCCGUUCGUCUCGGCGAGUGGCUCGAGGUCCGUGUAUCCAGGACAGGACGCCUCGCCUCCCUCGAGGUCGACGACGAACCACCGCGAGAGAUCAUGGCGCCGGGAGCCUUCACCCAGCUCUCUUUGCCUCUCAGUUUGUAUCUCGGAGGCGCUCCAGCGACCGACGUCUACUCACCGAAGUUGAAAACAACCGCAAGCUUCGUCGGGUGCAUCCAGUCCGUUACCCUCAAUCGGAGGGAGGUCGGCAUCUUGGCCGAGGCUCUGGGUGGCGUGAAUGUCGGUAAUUGCGGGCACGCGUGCGAAGCUCGGCCCUGCGGCGACGCCGAGUGUCGUCCUCUGCGCGAAAGGUUCACCUGUCGCUGUCGGCCAGGAAUGCCUCAUCCUUGCCCCGAGCUCGACGUCUACGAGGCAUCCCCGGGGACCCCGAUUCCUGGACCCGAUCCUGGGAUCAGGGCCACGAAACCCAGUCACUACGAACGCGCCGUUCCCAGUUUUUCUGGUGCCAACAGCUACCUUCACUUCAGUGAUGCUGACACGAUGAAGAGAAUAAUCAGCUUCAGGGUCGACAUCAACAUGAGAUUCAGGGUGAGUAGCAGCAGCGGACUUCUUCUUUGGAGCGGACGGCAGCUCGACCCUCAGGAGACGAUGGAUGCCAACGGCGAUUUCCUUGCCCUGGGACUAGAUCAGGGCUACCUAACACUCGCCUACAAUCUCGGUUCCGGCGAAGCCUCGCUAAGAUACAAUCUGACGAGACUCGACGACGAUCUUUGGCAUCGGGUCAGAGCCGUCAGGAACGAACAGUGGGCUUCACUUGUCGUCGACAGCGGGACCGGGGUUUCCGUUUCCUCGCCGGGGCAGCUCAGGCAACUGAACACGGACACGGGCCUCUAUGUCGGAGGCGCUCCGGACGUUGUGAGGACGACGGGUGGCCGAUACACCAGAGGAAUCGUUGGUUGCGUGAGCGACUUGGUCCUGGACACGGAUUUCUCGGUCGCCUUAUCGUCUCCAGGUCAGGCGACGAACACGCAUUCCUGCAUUCCCUGAGGUCGCCGGAAGUUCCUCUAGGCCCCAAAAUCCUCUGUAGGAAUGAAUAAAGAAAACUAGGAUAAUAUAAUAUACGCAAUAUACAUAUAAUGUGAAAAAGAUCGACAAAGUUCAAGUGGGUUUUGACCAGACGGAAAUGCAUUAUGAUUAUUCACAACAACGCGGUUCAUCGAUAUCUUAUACGAUUAACGCGCAAAAAGAUGAUGAUAAAAUAAAAAAAAUAAAAAAUUAACAGAAUAAAGAACAAUCAAAGCGGGAAACCAGCUGCUCGGUCACUUUGGAGUUUGGAUAUAUAUUGAGUCGAGACCAAAGAGAGGGAGACAAAGUAUAAUAAUUAUCGCGGGAUGAACGGUUCGAUGUUUCGUAUGAAUUAAGGAUUCAAAUUUCUACACAUAAUUCACGCUGUCACGCAAUUUUUGCUUUCUCUUCUCAACUAUGCAAUACAGCGCAAUAUACAGACUAAAUUUCACCGUCUGUCGUCUGCUAAAAUUUAAUGCGCACGCGCUACAAUCCGAAAGUGGAUGUUUGCCAGGGUAGCCAACCGUCUCUAGCCUCAAAAAGUCUAACAAUUGCAAAUCGAGUCCAACUGUCGCCGACAACUGUAAAAAUUUUUGGCGUUAGAGGCGGUUGGUCACCCUGUCAAACAACCGAUCUCGCAUUGAAGCGCAUGCGCAUUAAAUUUCAGCAGACGACGAAUCAUGCAGCCGUUAGAAACUCACUUUGUACAACCACGUAUCGUAUGAAACUUGGACUUUUCAUCCGUAAACGUGGUAUGUUCGCAAUUAAUAAGUACGUUCGUUUUCAAACCGAGCCACCGAUCGAGUCCACCGAUGUUAUAACUAUAUAAAUUAUACUUGUAGCGCUACUGUUAACUAUAAUAUAUGAUUGAAGAAGCGGAUUUAGUCAGCUUGUUGUAAAUAUUAUAGAGAUUCAAUUGAAACUUUUGACCUAUAGGCAAAACCUUUUACACGCAUCGCAACUUGCAGCUGUGUAAACCGCAGGCAUUGUACCUACUAACCUAUUAUAGCUACACUUAUCGAGGUGAGCGGAAUUCGAUUCGUCCUUUUUGUAUCUUGCUUCCAUCUCCGUUUCCUCAGAGGUGAAUUACACACACAUAUACAAAUCAAGUGUAACUUGAAACUGUAUAAAUUAAUAUCCGCAAGUUGCUGCGGUAUAAGACGAUCAGCCUGGCCUAAAAAAAAUGACGGUUGGUUGAGUAAAACGAAAUGAUUGAGUAAUUAUACACGCCUCCUUGACGUCAAUUUUUUACACCCUUGUUAUACACUUCAUCCGACCGGAAACACACAAUGCCGGGAGUUUUCGUAUUUUCUCAUUUACUCUUUUCAAUUUGACAGUUUUUAUCAAGUUCACAUCUCCCAGCGCAGCAGCAGCUAUAUUCUCACUAUUAUAGGAUGGCCCCAAGUGAGUUUGUUUUUACAAAUACGAUGACUAGAAUUGUUUUGGCUAUGCAGGUAAUUUUCAUUAACUAAUAAAUAUAAAAUUUAAUCUAAUUAGGAUAUACACUUAAAUAUCUAUCACAAUGAUCGAUGUUAACACUGUUCUAGAGCUUGCGCGAAAAGAUGAAGCGAAUCAUAACUCGUCGCGAUUGAACGAUACUUUCAGAAAAGUAGAAAAAGCUAGUCCCGAUUUUCGAAAGUAUGGAAUCGAAAAAUUACUUUUAAGUUUUUUCUUUUUCUUUUACGGGGUGAAUAGGCCAUCCUGUGCGUAUAGAUAAUAUUCAUGUACAUGUAUAAUAUAUGUCUGUACCAUAAUUGUCACAGCUAAAGCACGUCCGCGCACAUUGUAAUUAUAUUUAUUAUAUGAAAAGUCGCUGCAGUUUAUUAUCUGUAUAAUAAACAAUACCUGUUAAAAUACGCUGCAUUAUCACAACGUUCAUAUUAUGACGUGUAAUCACGCGGAUUUCGCCAAAGGGAAAAUGAAAAAAAUAGGCAAAAAACAAAAACAUGAAAAAGACGUUAAAAAAGAAGAAAAAUAAAGAAAUAAAAUCAAUCUGCACUACACGCCACUACUUUUAUAUGUCCGUAGAAUUUUUUCACGUGUUUUUAGAAAACGAAAGAAAUAAAAAUUUCAAACGAUUAAUAAUAAUCACCUGAACAGAGUCACAUACACACACACACCUAACAGUAGAUACAUAGGUAUUGUAUUACACAUUUAUAUGUAUGAAUAUUCGCCUUCGGUGUGUAAACUUUGACGAGCUGCAAGAAGAGGAAAAGAAAUAACUAAAAUUAUUGAUGAAAAGUUAACCGGUCGGAAAAAUCCCAGGUCAAUACGUAUAUAUAUAUAUAUAUGCAUAUAUAUAUAUGCACAUGCAUAUACACGCCAUAUCUGAGUGAAUGAGAAUUUCGAGUAGAAUUAGAGAGAGAGAGAGAGAGAGAGAGAGAGAGAGAGAGAAAGACAGCGAGAAAAAGUGUGAGAACGAGAGCGAAAUGAAUGAAUAAAAAAUUACGUAUUAAGGAUUGUGUCUAUUAUAAUUAAUCGAUCAUCAUACACGGCGAGUAUAUGAGAUACUUGACACAUGACAUGGUAAGGGAGAAAAUAUAUGGAAUGGUUUGACGAGUUGAUUCGAUUAUAAGAAAAAUUACCCAACGACAAGAUAUAGGGUACUGAUAACUAACUGAGAAUCAAGUUUGAAAAAAGAGAGCAACAAAAAAAUAAUUUAAAAGGUAAAUAGAAAACGAAAAGAUAAAGAAGAUAUUGAAUUAAGGAGUAACGAACUGUGAAAAAGGUAAAACGACAAAAAAAAAAUUCUUAAAUGAAUAAAUAAAUACACACACAUUCAUACACAUAACAUACUUAUGUACAUGAAAAAAAAAAAAAAAUAAAUAAAAAAAAAAAAAAUAAAGAAAACGAACACAAACACACAUCGUAGAAGCAAUCGGCUGUAGUCAAUUUUGUACAAGCGUUAUUUUCUGGAAACUAUAUAUUAUAUAUAAUGAACAUAAUAUAAUAUACAAAAAAAAAGUAAAUAAAUGGUAAUUGCGUAGGGAAUAAUAAAUAAAUAAUAUAUAUAUAUAUAUACAUAUAUAUAUAUAAUAACGUAAAAUAAAGAAUUAUGAUUGAAUAUGAAGUUGUUAGUGGUGUAAUGCUAUAAGUAUACAUACACACAUGCCAUACAAUAUCUGUAAUGCAUAUUCAACAUUUAGGAAAUGAUGAAUUAUUACAUGCAUAAUUUCUUUCAAAAUUUGCACGGAUUCGUUUUUUUAUUUUUUGAUUUUAUUUUCAAACACAUUUUCCAAUUAUACCGUCACGUAUUUUUCUAAUUGAAUUCAAUGCGAUUAUACGUUAUAUAUCAGAAUGGGAAACUAUUAGUCUCAUUUCGAUAUCCGCCACGAUUGCUUAUUGAAUUUGAUCAGCAGUCUGAUUAUUUCGUAAUGAAACACAAGAAGGCUGCGGACCAAUAAUAUUUUCUUUGCUGAUAUCGAAUAAUGUAUAGGUAUAACCUGCUACAAGUGGAUGAAAAUUCGAUCGAAUGAAAAUUCAGCUAUUUCACCGAUACGUUGAUGAAAAGGAAAGCUAAAAAAUCAAACAGCAAUCGAAGAAAACAAACCAACGGUUUAAAUAUGAUUUUUCCCUAAAAUGAGCUUGCAAAUCGAUUCACAGAUUGAAAAACUUCAUUUUGAACCAGGUAUGAUGAAAAUGACAUAGAUUGGAUUGUUCUUUUGUGUUAUAAAUACGAUGUUCAAAAUUCAUUCGCGCACUUUCGGCAACUGCGUACCUUGUUUUCAAAAAAUUAUACAGCUGCUGUGUAAACCGACGUCAAAAACAGUAGAAUUCUAUACUGAUAAAAUACCCCCGUGGUAUAAUAAAAAGGAAAGCUAAGAACGUAGAAAAAAGAUGGAACGCAUAAAUUCUAAGUUCCGAGACUAAUUUUUACAAAUUGUUUCGAUUUAUGAAUUUUCGUUUUCCCGAUUACCACACGCAAACACACACAAAUAUAGGUACAGUAAACGUAACAGAUGCGUACAACUUAAAAUUUUCGAUAAGGGAAUGAUGUCGGAGAGGUUUGAACAAAUUGCAAUAUCUUCUCUAUUAAGUUACGUACGGUAACCGUAUAUCAUUAAAAUGCACGUAUAAAAGAUUUUUGUCGUUGUUGCGUAUGUACGAGGGCAGAAGAAUAUUAUGUACGUCAAGUUGAUACCCUAUCCACUGUAAAGUAAUACGUGUACCUACCCACAUGAAUUAUUAUCUUAAAUAAUAAUAUACGAUACUAGAAAUACGAGACCGGGUGUUGAAAAUGAAAAAAGAAAUGUAAGAAAAGAGCGAACAAAGGCAAAAAUAUUGAUCGAAAGCAAAAUACAAAAGAUUAUCCUUGUACAUGGACCCGUUCCUUUUUCUAUCAAUUACAUUCCUUACGCCAUCUUGGAUUAAAUUAAAUUAAAUUAAAUUAAAUUAAAUUAAAUUAAAUUAAAUUAAAUUUAGUUAUAAGAGUAGAGAUAUUGUCAUCCGUCAUAAUCACGCAUUGUACGUUUUUUAUAUAAGGGAUAGGUGGGCAAAAUGUGCCCCCUGUACGAUCAAGUGGGAUUUCAAAAAACGUCGAUAACGCUUGAAAUGUAUUUUUAGGCCAAAGACAAAAAAAUUGCGUUGUCGAAAUUGGUCUAACAUUAUUCCUUCGUUAAGGUGCCCAUUACGCCCGCCUGCCUCUCCCCUGUGCGAUUUAGUUUGAAUCUAUUUUUCGUCUACAAGUUCCGCCAUGUGUAUUCGUACACACGAUUGCACAGCUUCUCAAACUACACUAUAAUAUUAUUGCAUCGAGUUUGUGAAUAAAUGUCAAAGUGAGAUAGAAGGAAGAUCGUCAAGUCUCGAAAAUCUAUAAUUAUCUCAGCGUGAAAUUAUGCUUAUUACUUUGACGUUGGUAAAGUUCUAUAAAAAUCUGUGUUGUAUUUUGUGCGUACGUUUCGUCUUGCACGUCAAAACAAACAUUUCGUUUUCGCAUUUUAUUAUUUGUCAUAUCGAUUACAACACAAUGUACAUGUACUCGUAUAGAUAUAGUUACUAGCUUGAGUUAUGCAAUAUCUUACGUUUCAGAAAGCUCAAUACCACUUCGUUCCGUAAAAUCCGAGGUAGAAAGAAAGAGAAAGCGAAAUAGAGCGAGCUGAAUUGUUGUGUAUUCAUGCUUGCUCGCAGGAAGGUUUUGGAUAAUAACUCGAUGAUCGUUCGCAAUAAAUUAUUUGCCGACACUUAUCUUUAGUUGAUUCAUUAUUAUACAUGUAUACAAUAGCUGUUAUUGUUGAAGACCGCAAUGAGAAGCAUGUAACAAGGCUGACAAUGUGAAUGCACGCGUAACAAUAUAAUAUAAUAUAAUAUAAUAUAAUAUAAUAUAAUACGGAAAUCUAUGGAUAAGACCAGACAAUUAUCCUUGAAUAUCAAUCACUUUACACGAAUUACGGAAGCGUAAUACACUGUAUACAUAUAAUAUAUUGAAAAUAUAUCAUACAUAUUAUUAUUAUUAUUAUUAUUAUUAUUAUUAUACGCAUACAUACAUUAAUGCACGUAUAUAUGCAUAUAAUAACGAAUAGAUUAUUACCGAAUAUUAUAUAUUAAUAUACAAUGUUAUAUUAACUAUUUCUAUUAUGUCCGUCUGCAAAGUCUAUUAGAAGAGUCUAUCCUGUACAACAGUAUAACAUGAUCGUGUGAUUCGCAGCAUUCUCAUACCAGAAUCGUUAUACUCCGCGUCCCAUUCGACUUGAUGCAUCCCGGAUAGCAAAAAAACAAAAAAAGUAAAAAAAAAAAAAAAGAGAAAGAAUAUUCAUCAAUAUAUCGUUUUCAAGUAUCUUGCACGUGAUGUACGCUAUGAAUACGGGGUUAUUUAUUGAUUCGUUAAUUAGACUCGAGAAGCGAAAUUCACUCAAAGGUAAAAGAUUUUAAAAUUUUUGGGGUACUUCGAGAUUUUUGAUGUACAGAAUCAUACAAAAUAUCUUUCAUCUUUCCUUUUAUCUACUGAACAACUUUCCCACCGUACUAACGUCCACCUAAGCCUCGUGUAAUUGUAAUGAAAGAUGUUGAUAUAAUUAUAUUAUGGUACAGAAAAUUGAUAUAUAACUCGUAAUUAUUUAUCAAACAAAACAAAGAACAACAGAAAAUUACAUACGUGUAUGUUUUAUCGUACACUCAGCGAUGUUAUUGUCAGCAUUAUCACAGUCAGCGUCAUCGUCAUCAUCACCGUCAUAUUCACCUCAAUCAUUAUCAUUAGUAAAAUGAUCAUCAUUAUAUAUUAUCAUUAUCAAUAUAAGGCACGCGACCGAAUCGUGAACUGUAUGAUUUUGCGCACGUUGUAUAAUGCAUCGUAAAUAUAAUAAAGAAAACAUUUUGUAAA